AUGAAGCACACCAGGGGGUGGAAGCUAAACAAGUGUCAGCCAGACGGGUGUGAGAAAAACGAAAGAGCGAACACGCUGAGAAAGAGUAAGUACCAGUUGAGAAGCAAAAAAAACGAAGCAGACAAAAAUGCACACGAAGAAGAAUCUGAUGGAAACUCCAACGAUGGAAGUGACUCCUCGCUGUCCUGCUCCUCCAAAUAUAUGACGAGGGAAGAAAAUGUAGACGAAUCAGGAACCAUCCACGAUUUGCGAAAAGGUCAGCUCAAUCGAGACAGACUUAACUGUGACAGUAAAACAGGGGUACACCUCCCUAAUAAUGAAACGAACUGCAAAAAGUACUCUCUCCAUUCUGUGAGCAAAGCAUUCACGAAGCAGACCCUCGUGUACGACCACUACAAAAAGAAAGACAUCCUCCUCAGUCUCUGGUGGAAAAAUAUGAUAGAUCUCUAUUCAGACAUUUUAAUAACCAACGUAUAUAGCAAUGUAAGCAAUAUUGAUGUCCUAAAUAUGAAUCGCAAAAUGAGGGAGAAAAACUACCAGUACUUAAAUGAAGGCAUUGUCCUUUUUCAUAACUCCAGUAGGAGAGACCAUUACAAAAUGAGCAUACUACGAGUGGUCACAAAGGAAGAAGUAAACAAGAAAAACGAAAAAGAAAUCUUCUACUCCUCAUCCCUUAACGAUAACACCAUUGAUAAUUCUUUUAAAAAAUAUUAUAAAAAUAAAUAUAAGCAUAUCCCAGUUAUCAAACGGUACAAUUGUUUGAACCUUCCAUACUACUGCACGAAUUCGAGCAUCCUAUACUGCGGCAGGGAUGGGGUGAGCAACUCAGUGGAAACGAACUGCGGGGGAGACGCAGCAAACGUGAUCAUAGCGAGUAAGUCCAUAGGGGGGAGUAUAUUUCUCUACAACAUUGGAAAAACCAUCCAUCGGAUUAACAGGAUGGAAGAUGAUGAGGCUGUGGAUAGGAGAUUGAGUGAAGAUGGGGAAGCCACUAUGCCCGGUGAAGUAGACUACAAGGGGAAUGCUACCCAGGGGGGAGGAUGCGCCGACAGGGGAAGUAGCGGCGGUGCUAGAAGCGAUAGUAGCAGCGGUAGAAGAGGCGGCAGUAGCGGCGGUAGGAGCAGCUGUAGUAGCAGAGCUAGUAGCCCAAUGCAGGAGGAGGAAGACGAAGCAGAGGAAUACAAGGAGGAAGGGAGAGGACAACAGUGUAACGCCCAACGGAGGCAUAAGGGGGGAAAGACCAUCCCUCCAAGGCGCUUCAAAAAAAAGGCACAAAUUGUUAAUAGAAAAAAUGGAUCCCCACAAAAUUGGGGUAACCAUGAAAGUAGGAAAAACAAAUCAUCCGAGAGAUAUAAGAAAAAAAUAAAGGACAGAAAAAUAUGUGAUGGGGAAUUGCUACUGGAACUGGUUGGACACAACAAAACAGGAAAAGGACUCUUCUUCAAAAAUAAUUACCUUCUCAGCAAUGGGGAUGAUAAGAACAUAUUCAUCUACGACAUUAAUGGUGACACUGAGAGGAGUAGCGAAAAUAAACACCAGAACGAUCACGUCAAUGUGUCCAAAAUGAAUCCGUACAUCUCGAUUAAGACCAAUGAGCUGUAUAGCAAUGUGAGGUGGCUGUAUGAUUCGCUAGUCAUAGGUUCCACGUACAGUGGCUACUUCUCCCUGUUUGACAUCAGGAUGAGGAAUAAGAGCGUCAGAAGUGGAAACAGCGUCAACAGCGACAACAGCGGCAACAUCGUCAACAGUGUCGGCAGUGGAGGAGGCGGACCAGGUGGAUACUUCCAUCCCAGUGGAUACAUCCAACCCGGUGUGCAACCCCGAAGCAACGUGAAUGUCUAUUCUGUGCACAAGAAAAUCACCAAAUAUGAAAUUUCAGAUAUCGACAAAUACAAUAACGAUGACAACAAUCUGAUCUGCAUGAGUUCGCUAAAUAACAUAUUGCUCUUUGACUUGCGAUUUAUUAAUAACAACUUGCCGUACAAAGUUAUGCACGACAAUUCGUACAAUAACUAUAGCAUUAACGACGCCUACUUUGAGCCCUACCAGACGUCUGUACAGAAUGGAGAGUACAGCAGCACCACCAAUGUGAAUUACUUCUACGACCAUUCAUACAAUAAUUACUACAAUGAAGAUUUCUUCAAUUCUGACACAUUUAUUCAUUCCCUUUUUUGGUGUAACAUUGAAGGCUUUAACUAUAUCGGGUCUCUAAAUAACAAAGGCAUUAUUAAUCUGUUUGACGUGAACAAGAGCAAGCACCACUGCGUGUUCACAUAUGGCUGCAAAUAUAUCAAGAUCUUUAAAUUCAACCCUUUCAAAAUCAACAACUUUGUCUCUGUGGACAAGAAUAACAUCCUUAUCCUGUUUACGCUCCCCGACCAGAUAUACAAGAGCGACUUGGAUUUGUACCUUCAGGAUAAUCUCCCCGCGGAGUAG